AUGCAUGAAGACAUGAAGCGCAAGGAACAAGGUGGCGGCGGCGACGUAUCCGCGCACGGUCAAGGUCAAGCGUUCAUGACAAGCAAUCACAGCAAGCGAAAAGGAGGAAGACCUGUGCAGAAGGCCAGUGCAUGUCACUACUGUGGCGAGCAAGGACAUUGGAUUGCCAAGUGUCUAGUGAAGAUCCGCGAGAAUGCGGAACGGCAGAGGUCGCAAAGAGCAAGCGUCGCGCAGGUUAAAGAAGACUCUGGCGAAUUUCUGUUUUCAGCUGAUGGAGAUAACAUCAAGCUGAGUGAAGAGUGGCUGGUCGACUUAUGUGCGACUCAGCACACGACAUACUCAAAAGAGUACAUGAAGAACUACCAGAAGAUCUCGCCAGUGGAUGUGCAGUUGGCGGAUGAUGGCGUGGUACAAGCAGUGGGAAAGGGAGACAUCAUCAUGUCAAUGAGGACAAAACACGGCGUUAAGAAAGGUGUGCUUACUGGUGUGUGGCACAUUCCCAAGUUGACGCGCAACCUGUUCUUUGUGGGGCGUUUGACGAAGAACAUUGACCCCGUCACAUUUGAAAGUGACGGGUGCUUUGCUCAGUCGAAGAGUGUGAAGUGGCAGCUGGGUACGCGUAAGGGAAAGGGCUUACUCAAGUUAUGCAUGACCCCGCUCAUGCCAGAUGAGGCAAAUGUGUCAAGUUCAACCGGUUUAAUGGGACCAACCGGUCGUACCUCUGGCAUCUUCGACUUGGCCAUAUUGGCCAUAACGGUCUAG